CAGCAAUAAUCGAUUUCUGCAAAGUAAGAGAGCUUUAGGCCUAGUCCAAGCCCCUUUUUUCCUGCCACUUCGCUUCUCUUUUGAAACGCCAAAAAUGUUGAGAAAGCCUCUUAACUUUGAAACUAUACACCAUGUCGUCACCAAGGAAGAUCAUCCUCCGGAGCUCUGACGGCGAGCCGUUUCAGGUCGACGAGGCCGUGGCUCUCGAGUCUCAGACGAUCAAACAUAUGAUUGAAGAUGACUGUGCUGAUAACGGCAUCCCGUUACCUAAUGUCACCAGCAGGAUCCUCGCUAAGGUUAUCGAGUACAGCAAGAAGCACGUGGAGUCCAGGCUCACCGAAGCUGCCAACAAUACGAUUAACCAUCAACUCAACAGUAUCGCCGCUGCUGAGGAAGACCUCAAGAACUGGGACGCUCAGUUCGUGAAGGUCGACCAGGCCACUCUCUUUGACCUCAUUCUGUUGUGGCUGCUCUGAGACAACAGUCACCAAGUUUGAUUUCUGCAUGAUGACCUCCCCUUCGUUUCCCUGUCACUCGCAAAAGAGCAUUCCAGUUUCAACUUGUGAACAAUUUCUUUCAAGUCUACAAGACUACAUCCGGGUAUUCUUCCCAUCCUUCUUUCUUUCAUUUGCUCUUUCACCAUAGCAACAUCCUCCUUUCGACCUGCUACAUCAUAGACAUUCAGUAGCAACUGAUAGUAAGAGAAAUCAUGAGGAUCCAUGUCUAUCAAAGUUUUUGCUAUUCUUUCCCCUAAAGCCACAUCUCCUUGGAAACGACAUGAGCUGAGUACAUUGACCCACACCAAUGAUUCUGAUGGCAAUUCCUUGUCUUCAAGCAUCUUCCUUGAGAUUUCCUCAACCCUUUCUGUAAGCCCUGAACCAAAGUAAAGGUUUGCCAGACACCAAUAAUGUGCAAAAUUUGGCUUUAUCUUAUACAAAUCAAUCAUCUGAUUGAAAUAACUUCUUCCUUCUGUCAAUAGUUCUGUUUGUGCACAAGCACAAAGAACACCAAUGAAAGUGAUUUCAUCUGGAGAAAUGCUCUUUCCUUCUGCUCUAGUUUAAGCUACCAAUGCUGUAAAUAAUUUAAGCCCAGCCUCUAGUUUUGUAUGACUACAAUGCCCAAAAAUCAUUGCAUUCUAGCAAACUAAAUUCUUAAUUUCAUCCUA